AUGGAAGCUCUCAAGAGCACAGAGCAUUACAUUGGUAUCGAUGUCGGGACUGGCUCUGCCCGGGCCUGUCUCAUCGAUGCCACUGGUGAUAUAAAGUCACUUGCAACCAAGGAGAUCAAGCUCUGGCAGCCUACAGCUGGCUACGAGGGUUCCCACUAUGAACAAUCAACAACCGAUAUCUGGGAUGCCAUCUGCUUCUGUGUCAAAAAAGUUGUCACCGACACGGGAAUUGACACAUCCACCAUUCACGGCAUAGGAUUCGAUGCCACCUGCUCUCUCGCAGUAUUCAGCCACGACACUGAUGAGCCCAUUCCUGUUACCGGGCCAGAUUUUUCAAAUGCCUCUGGGGAAGAUCGCAACGUGAUACUGUGGCUGGACCACCGUCCCUUGGCUGAAGCCGAGAAGAUUAAUGCCACGGGCCACAAUCUGCUGCGCUACGUCGGUGGUAAGAUGAGCGUCGAGAUGGAGAUUCCAAAGAUAUUGUGGCUCAAGAACAACAUGCCCAAGGAUCUCUUUGAUCGCUGCAAGUUUUAUGAUCUGGCUGAUGCCCUGACGCACUUGGCCACUGGAAGAAACACGAGAAGCUUCUGCAGCACAGUAUGCAAGCAGGGCUAUGUGCCAGUUGGUGUCGAUGGAAGUGUCAAGGGGUGGCAGGAGGACUUUUACCAUACUAUUGGCCUCAGCGAUCUGGUGGAGGAUGACUUUAAGCGGAUGGGAGGGGUUAAUGGGGUGAGCGGAGAGUAUCUGAGUGCCGGAGAGCUGGUCGGUGGACUGUGCGACAAGGCAGCCACCGAGCUUGGCCUCCGUCCUGGAACUGCUGUGGGUAGCGGUGUCAUUGAUGCCUACGCCGGCUGGAUUGGUACCGUGGGUGCCAAGGUCAAGCUCACUGCCGACGAGCUUGACGAAACCAUGGCGCCCAACGAUGUGGCCCAGGCCUUUACGCGACUGGCAGCCGUUGCCGGCACCUCGACAUGCCACUUGGCCAUGUCCAAGGAGGCGGUGUUUGUAGAUGGAGUCUGGGGCCCCUAUCGUGAUGUGCUCAUCCCGGGUUUUUGGAUGGCCGAGGGUGGCCAGUCGGCCACGGGCGAGCUUAUGCGGCACAUGAUCGAGACGCACGCAGCUUUUGUCGAGACACAGGCAGCUGCCGCUGCCCAAGGCAAAAACAUAUACGACUAUUUGAACGACCACCUGCGGCAGAUGUCCAGCAAGGCCCAGGCUCCCUCGAUAUCGUGGCUGGCACGCCACUACUUCUUCUACGGCGAUCUCUGGGGCAAUAGAUCGCCCGUGGCCGACCCCAAUAUGCGCGGUGCCAUCGUCGGUAUGAGCAGCGACAAGACUGUCGACUCGCUGGCCCUGCUGUACUAUGCCACCAUGGAGUUUAUCGCCCUGCAGACGAGGCAGAUCGUCGAAACGAUGAACAAGGCCGGCCACUCCAUCAGCAGCAUCUUUAUGAGCGGCAGCCAGUGCCAGAACGAGAUUCUAAUGGAUCUUGUUGCCACGGCCUGCAGGAUGCAUGUGCUGAUCCCACGGUACGUCAACGCCGCAGUCGUCCACGGCGCGGCUAUGCUGGGCGCCAAGGCUGCGAGUGCCGAUGCCCAAGGCAAGACGGAGGACCUGUGGAGCAUCAUGGACCGCAUGAGCAAGCCUGGGCGUCUGGUAAGCCCUGCACAGGAUCAGGGGCUGAACAAACUGCUUGACGCCAAAUACGACAUCUUUUUGGAGCAAUGUCGCUCGCAGCAGGAGUACCGGAGGCAGGUGGACAAGGCGAUUGGGGCCUAG